CGGCAUCAGUUCAGUUUUGGUUCUCACCGAAGUGUCACAGCAAAGUACAGACACACUUAUUUCUUCACAGUACAGUUUUACAGUACAAAACAUCCUCCAAACAUGAAGUGCUUCGUUGCCAUUGCUCUGCUUGCCGUUGCCGUCAGUGCAUCGCCGAUUGAAUACGGUCACUAUGGUGCUCCCGCUCUCGUCCACGCUCCGGUUGCAGUACAUGCUCCGGUGCUGAAGCACGUCGUUGCCGAGCCAGUGGCCUACCCGAAGUACUCGUUCAACUACGGAAUUAAGGACCCGCAUACCGGUGACAUCAAGUCGCAGGCUGAGGAACGCGACGGUGAUGUCGUGAAGGGCCAGUACUCGCUGGUUGAGCCCGAUGGUUCGGUGCGCACCGUCGACUAUACCGCUGAUGACCACAACGGAUUCAACGCAGUCGUCCACAAGUCUGCCCCGGUUGCCCACAAGGUCGUCGCUGCCCCAGUUGCCCACUACGCUCCGGCCCCAGUCCUGAGCCACUACGUGCACUAAGCCGCCCUCGGUUCGGGCAUCGUGUGGAUUGCGAAGGGGAGAGAUCCUGGAAAGUUGAAGAAUUGAUACUGAUGCUGCUCCAGUUCUUUUUUCCUCUGCGUCCACCAGACAAACACUCAUCCAACUCAAGCCAAUUUAUCCACUUCUGCUAGAAAUCGUAGUCACACCAACUCUCACUCACUCACUGUCUCCGCGUAGAACGAAGACCAACGAAAGCAGGUUUAAUACGAAGGAAGGAUGUAGCGUAGUGACUCACUAUACACAAACUCCCCCCGGGUACUCCCCGGCUGGGUUCUAAUUGGUUUCGGUUUGGUGCCGCAAGCAAAAAAAAACACAGGACGGAAUCCAAACCAAUCCAAAACCAAGACGUACAUCGAGCAUUUUUCAUUUGAUGAUUUGCGAUCCAAGGGAACCAAUGGAUAUAAAUGAGCGCUCAGCUCACAGUUUUGCUACGCGUGUUUGCCACACCUGUGUACGGAUUUACGAACGAUUCGAAUUUUAGAGCGCAGUUUUGUGGUGAAUAACGAUACGCCUAGAUGUCUGCAAUUUGCCACACAUGCCCCGUUAGCAUGGAGCUUUGUUUUGUAAGCUUCUGCUUCGAAACCCGAUUCGAUCGUGUGGCACGUAGGUGACGAACCCUUCGAAUCGUUUCCAUCCUUCCUUACGGUUUCUUUAUUUCUCCGGCCUUUCCGGUCUGUUUUGUGCACCGAUGUGCGCGGUGUGUGUGGGACCAACCAAAACCUUCCAAUGAUCUUUUACCCUUCGAAAACAGGGGUGCUAAAUGAUGAAGUGCCCCACGUACGAAGCGUACCUCCCGCGUAUGGAACUCGAUAUUACACACAAACACACACACUCUAUCUCUCUGUGAUCUGUUACUGCUACUAUAACUUACUUACUUACUUACUUACUACCAAUGUGUUACUAUUUGCUGUUUUUCUUUUCGCUGCACAAUGCAGGGUCUACCGUCCUUAUAGAGUCGGGCGCUUUCCCCAAUCCGUUGGCAGUGAAAUGCACGAAAAUCGUGUUACUUCUUUUCUCCCACCGCAAGUUUGUUGCGGUUCGGGAUGGAAGGGGUGCAGAGCCAAAAAAAAGAAGAAGUAGAAAGAAUGCAAAAAUAAACAACGAAGCGAAGCAAUCAUUUACAUCCAUGUGAAACCAGUUGCAAGUAUCGAAACUGUAAAUAAUGAAUAAAAACCAAUCAAUGUUUUUUUUUAUAUAAAA